ACAUUUGAGUCACAUCCUAUUAGGUGGCGGCACUUUUAAGAAAAGUUACUGUAAUCCAUCCACAGUAUUUUGCCUUUGGCGUACAGUGCGUAGAAGCGAAACUUCAAACUGAAGGGUGUCGGAGCGCGUCUCCACGGACGCUUGUGGCUCCGGUCAAAGCGUAAGCACUGUGUGAGUGAGAGGAAGAGUUCAGGUGGGGGCGCGCAUUUCGGAGUUCGGUCUACUGCGAUACGAAAGUGGACCACUUGGAAUACGGCCUCACUGUCCCAUGCCACCCUCCGGUAUAUGAAACAUUUCGGUUGUAUUGAGGGAACGACGGGAUGGAGGCGACUGAAGGAGGCGAUCAGGUCCACCAGGACUGAAAACUAGAGCGCGCAAUGGAGAUGACUUCCCGCUUCUCGAAUUUCGACUCGAAGGUGGACGGCAGAAACUGUGACGGACUCGUCAACCACAACGGCGAGACGAUGGAGAUCAGAGUGCCGCUGUCGCCGUCGGGGAAGAGACUCUGCCCGAUCGAGGGGGGGAAUCUCUACAGACUGCGGGACAGAAAGUUUCUUCUGGAGGACAAGAAGCGCCUGUGCUCGUGGGCUCUGGGAACCGCGGUGUUGGGAAUAAUGUUAAUGAUAUUACAUGCAGAACUGUGCCCUGUCGUGUACCAACCAGGAUCUGUAUAUGCACUCUCUAUAAACGGGCUCAUCAGCUUCUCCACAGGGUGUCUGCUCAUUCUCAUCAUUGCCUUCCAUUAUAAAGACAUCAGACUUUUCAUCAGCGACCACAACCAGGUGGACUGGCGCAUUGCCAUGACCAGUAACCGGGUGCUUGGCAUCUCUUUGGAGCUCGUUGUAUGUGCUAUCCAUCCCGUGGCCACCUACCUGAGGCCAGACAUGGGGAACAGGCUGGGGGAAAAAUCUGAGGGAAAUUCCUCUGCUCCCCUCUGCUUGUCCUCAAGUCACAAAGAAGUCAUGCUCGAUGUGGAGCUGCUGCUUUCGGCCCUUAUGUUCCUGAGGCUUUAUCUGGUGCACAGGGCCGUCCUGUUGCACAGCAAGGUUCUCCUAAGCGCUUCCUACAGGAGCAUCGGCUCCCUCAACAACAUCAAUUUCACCUUUCGCUUUGUGCUCAAGCUGUUAAUGAAUCAGUAUCCUGCCCGCACGCUGCUAGUCUUCAUCAUGUUCUUCUGGCUCUCAGCAUCCUGGAUGCUGCGACUGUGCGAGAGGCAGGAACAGGUAGAGACAGGUGGCAUGGGCACAGCGCUGUGGCUAAUUGCCAUCACCUUCCUCACAGUGGGCUAUGGAGAUGUGUCCCCUCAUACCAGCUGUGGCAAGGUGGUUUGUCUCUUCACAGGUGUUAUGGGUGUGGCAUGUACUGCUAUGUUGGUAGCGGUCAUGACUAAGAAGUUGGCGCUCAACAAAGGAGAGAAACAUGUGCAUUUCUUCAUGAUGGACAUUCAGAUCUCCAAGCGGAUCCGGCAUGCUGCAGCCAACGUGUUGAGAGAAUGUUGGUUGCUACAUCGAACCACCCAGGAAAAGGAUAACAGUGGAGAGCAUCGACAUCAUCAAAGAUGUCUGCUGGAGGCCAUUUGUGUAUUUCGUCACCUGCGACUGAAGCGGAGAAAGCUGAGGGAUUUUGCCAGUGAGAUGGUGGAUCUAUCGAAGAUGCAGAUGAUCAUGUGCGAUCUAAGUGCAAACUGGAACAGCUCUUAUCAUGAGCUUGAACAGAGAAUCAUCUCAAUGGAGCAGAAGCUCGAUGAGCUCAGUCGCUCCUUCCAAAGCACCUCGGAACUACUCGCACAGGCACUACAUCACAGCAGACAGGACCACAGGUGACUUAUGACAACUCUUUCAAACUUCUAAUGAAGGCCACAAUACUCUGCGUCCUCUGAGCGAUCUCCAGCUGGUGUGCUGAGCUUAGGGAGGAAAUGCAUGUUGAAACAUUUCUCACACAAGCAGCAUGAACCACGGAGACUCCAUGUUGACAAAACAUUGAUUACAAAAAAACUCAUUUGUAUUUAUGAUAGUGAUGUUUGUUUAUGCAGCUAAUGUUUCCACUUUGAACAUGAACUUAGAAAAGGAUAGUUUCAGUUCAAAAGCAAAACCAAGUCUGAUAAUUGAGAAUUUCCAAUUUUCACCAAGAAAAAAACUUCUGAUAGUCUCAGGACCCUUGUAUCGGGCUCCGGUUUGUGAAGCCAGAAAAAGGAUGUGAAACAUUUUUAAUUCUUUUUUCAAACAGACUAGCAGUUCCUCUGUAGAUAAAGUUAUGGUGACAUUUAAAAAGGUUAUCAUCUCUAAAGCAUCUGUGUCUCGAAUGCUUUUUCAGAUAUUAGGAGUGUAAAUCAUGCCGAGCAGCUUGAUUAUAACUUUUUUCGUCUCUAAUCUGAUACACAAUGUUUCCUGUUGCACAAGGAAACAGUUUUAAACAGUUACAUUUAAAGCAUGCUUAUAGCUUGGGUAUCUUUUAAUGAAAAAAAAGGUAAACUGCUGUAAGUUGAUAAGUUAUCAUUAGAUACCAUGGAUGAGGCAGAAUUUGUGGCAUUAUUGUUGUAACUCCCCCAGGCGGACAAAAUAUGUAUUGCAUUGCAUGUAUUGUCUUUUAUCAUUUACGACAUAGUUCUUUGAUGUGUGCAACAUCUGAAGUUUAUAAGAUCACAGAAAUAUUUAAAACCAUUUUGAACAGCAGAGAUUAGACUUUUUGUAUUUUUAUUUUCCAGACAGGAACUUAAGGUGUCAGUUUUACUGCUGUGUUCACCCAUUCAAAACUGCCGGCCCAAGGCAGGCUACUGGACAUGAAUAGCUCCCGAUUCAUUAUUUCACCAA